AUGGCCGAGUACGGGACCUUUGUGCCGCCGUACUAUGUUCCCAUCCUUCCGAACAGCGAAGAGCUAUCAGACGCGAGUGUGGUUUGGGGCAUGUCCUUGUCCCUAACCCUUUUCGCCUUCAUCCGCUGCUUCUCACAGACAUACGCCCAAUGGAGGCGGAUCCGGAAGGUGAACCUCUACAUGGUCCUGAUCUGGCUCGAGCUGUGGUCCAGCACAAUAAUUGGUGUCAUCUAUUUUGCAUACAUGCGCGGGCAUAUACCACCCAGAAAGAUUGUUGACAUGAGCGACCACUCCAGUUUCUGGUUUUUUGGGGGAACGAUUCUGCUCUGGACGAUCCAGGUUCAAUGCAUCUAUCAAAUCAUCCUCAACCGAGCCGGCCUCAUCGCUGACAAUACCGCCAUCAUACACCGCUUGAAAUGGGCCGUAUUUGGCUUCAUUGUCCUCAUUAAUAUCGCGGUCGCAUGCAUCUGGAUACCAGCCCAGCUCCAGAUAUCGCAACGAUACAUCCGAAUCAACGAAAUCUGGGACCGUACAGAAAAGGUCAUGCUCGCCAUUAUCGACGUGUGCCUGAACCUCUAUUUCGUCUAUCUUGUGCGGUCGACACUUCUCGCGCGUGGGCUAUCGAGAUAUGUGACGCUCUAUCGUGUAAACAUAUUCAUGAUUUCCAUCUCGAUGACCAUGGAUGUGAGCUGCUUUGCUGGAGACAUGUGCUUUUGGGCAGUGCUGACUUAUGUAUUCUUCCACCCGCUCGCCUACUUGGUUAAACUGCAUAUCGAACUCUCCAUGGCCGACCUUAUCGCCAAACUCGUCAAAAUAGGAAGCAUAGCCGGAAGAUGCAACUGCGACUGCCACCGAGACCUUGGUCCCAAUGCGAUCGGGUUUGCACCCACGAUUGGACGUCCGAGCAACUGGAGUCCUAUUCAACAACACCGCGCCCGCCAUCAAAAUAACUGCACAAGCUCCGAGGAUAGUAGUGAGACAGAGCCAACAAGACUACCGGAGGUCAGAGAUGUAGUACAAGAGCGUCCAAGGCAGGUCAUGGGCGAUACAUGGGCAAGUUCGAUCACGCAGAAGUCUACGUCAACUCUGGAAAGAUCAAAGCCGGCAAGCUUGCAUGAGGUGCCUCACAAGGUCAAUUCAGCGUUCACACCUGAUGAACCCCACCAAAUCACGGUGCCUGAUGUUCAACAGGUAUAG